AUGGUCACAAGGGAAGGAGGAGCUGAUCAUGGGAGCAGUGGGGCAUGGAGAGGACAUCAGGGAGGUGAACAGAGGAUUGUGAGGAGCUGGGAAGUGGUUGCUUACCCAGAAUAUACACUGAUAUGCUGUAUAUGCUCUGUUCCCGUGUGCCGAUCGCUCCCUGUUUGUUCUCUCAGGCUCCUGAAGACAACGUUUGUCAUCCCAGAUGUCAAAGUGGACGAGGCCGAGAAUCUGUCUGAGGACAAGGAGCCUGUCUCUCACACUGAUGACAAUUCCCAGGAGCGCUGCCCCCCGGGAGAGGCAGGUAGCUCCCAACUGAUGAGGACCAAGAGCGACGCGGGAGCUCUGAUCGUUCGGCGAGCCAACCUGCGCUCCCCCAGUGACAAGAGGAGGAUCCGACGCCAUCGCUUCUCCAUCAACGGGCACUUCUACAACCAUAAGACGUCUGUUUUCACACCAGCGUUUGGUUCAGUGACAAACGUUCGUGUCAACAGCACCAUGAGCUCGCUUCAGGUCCUCAACUUGCUCCUGAACAAAUUUAAGAUUGAGAACAGUUCCAACGAGUUUGCACUUUAUAUUGUCCACACCAGUGGAGAAAGGACCAAGUUGAAGGAUUCAGACUACCCCCUGAUCUCCCGCAUCCUUCAGGGACCCUGUGAAGCCAUAGCGAAAAUCUUUCUGAUGGAGAAGGAUCUGGGGGAAGAGGUCACCUAUGAUGUUGCUCAGUACAUCAAGUUUGAAAUGCCAGUGCUGCAGAGUUUCAUUGUCAAACUGAAGGAAGAGGAAGAUCGAGAGGUGAAGAAAUUAACACGCAAGUAUUCGGUCAUGCGUGCUGUUCUUGAGACACGGGUGCAAGAACUAACAGAGUCCUGGGCACAGAUCUGAGUCCUGGCACAGCAGCUGGAAUAAGUGGCACAAGAGAUUUAGAAGCGGGCACUCUCUCAGAUGCUGAUAUUGGAUGACAAUGCCCUGACUAUGCACUUCUUGACCUCCCAUGGAGUGGGACCUUGGCACCUACCAGACUGUCAGUUGUCAACACCCGUUGGGAGGGGGGGUGGGGGUUGGGAGGGGGUGGUUGGGUGGGGAGGUCCCUUGAUGGGGUGGCCAGCACUUUGAGGUUAUCCUGGGCUCUUGGGAAUGGAUGCUUCAUCUUCAGAAACCUGAUACUCAAACAAAUCCAGCCAAUGUCAUAGGGACAUCAACAAAAACCUCCUUUCCUCAUCUCUACCUCCUUUCCCUGAACGUUUCCAAUCAGGUCUGAAGCUGGGUUGGGUGGGGAGGGAGGGAGAGGCUGGUUGAACCAGGACCUUGCAUCUGGAGUCACGUGGAGACCAGACCAGCUUAGCGCUGCUCCCUCUCCUCCCUUCAGGCCCACGGUGGCAGCUCCAGUGGUGGAGGAUCCCGUCUGCCUGCUGCAGGUUUGCUCCAUGGGUGAGACGAGGAAUGGGAGGCUCCACCAAUGGAUGUGUGACAUCUUGUUCAAAGUGUUGGUGGCGGCAGUGCUGUCAGUGAGGGCGGGGAGGGGGGACAAUAACCCGUGGUCACAGCACAGAGGCGAUGCUGCAAUCCCAACAAGGUCAAGGUGAAGGUCACCAAAAUCUGACCAUGGGGCUGCUCUGUCAGACAGAGAGAGAGGGGGAGAUGAUUGGUGAUGAUUUAACUUGGGGAUCGCUACGCCUCAGGCAAGGGGUUGGAGAUGGUGAAGGUAAAUCCUUCAGGGUAACCUCACACUGUUCGUGUCGCUCUGCAUCAUCAACCGGCCAUCCCAUCCAUCUCGGAACUGUGUGUGUGUGUGUAACCUGGGCUGGAGUGGAUGGAUGGAUAUCACAGGAGAGGUGUGUACCCUGAACAUAACCUCACUGUACGGCUUUAUGCAGUGUCCCGUCGGUCCCCUCACCUGACUGAGGCAGGACGUUUUGGGAAUGAAGGUGGUCUCACUGCAGCUGGGAGCUGAGCUGGUGAUCUGCGAGGAAGAUACCCGAGAGAGCAAGAGUGUUUGUGAAACAUGUGACGCAGUUUCCAUGAAGGAGGUUUGAAAUGGGCUAAGGGCUAACCCCCGUUCUCCAGAGCGAUUGACUGCACUCGCUCUUGACCAGCCAGUCAGAUGUGUUUCUCUAAUGCAGACCACAGUCCAUGUGUGAGGGAGAGAUCACCUUGAUGACAUCUCCGAUCUGAUCUCUCCAAAAAUCCGCCCAGUUAGCCCUCUCCAAUUCCUCUCCUCAGGAACAUUCAAAGAGGAGUGGGCCAUUCAGUCCCUCAAUGCUUCCUCUCUUGCCUGUGAGUCAGCCGACAGACCAGGCUCAAGGGGCCGAAUGGCCUACUCCUGUUCCUAUUUCGUAUGGCCUAAUGGAAAAAAUCUGCACGUAUUACCACAUCAAUAGAUGCUGCAGCAAGGCUGAGGGAGCUGUUCAAGCGAUUGCAGUUUCCAUUAUCACCCAGCAACUCACGUCAUUUGACAGAGUAUUGAAGAGAGAGAGACAAAGGGACCUCAAUCCAUGAUUUGAACAUAAACAUUGAUGCCAUUUGUUAAGCCAUGUGCUCCAUCCUGCCUGUGAAAAGCACAUUGAUAAGGUCAGGGCCAGAAUCACGUUGCACUGUGAGGACGGAAAACCAAGCCUGGAUUUCGAAGGUGCGGACGAGGAAGCUGAAAUGCACUCUGAGUUGGUUAUCCAUUUCCAGUGAUCAGCUCUCAAUGGCAAGCGUUAGAACUGACGGGGGUAAAGAGCCUGGGGAGAAAUGAGGAACAGGUUAUUGAUUUGGACAAUGAGCCAUGACCAUAACAAGCGGCAGAACAUGCUCAAAGGGCUGAAUGGCCUCCUCCUGUUCCAAUUGUCAGUGGAUGGGUUACAACCAGAAAAAUGGCCUCAACCUCACUGGAAUAAAAUAGUCAGAAAGAAGGGUCUAGGCCCGAAACGUCAGCCUUCCAGCUCCUCUGAUGCUGCCUGAUGCAUCCAGCUCUACACCUUGUUAUCUCAGAAAGUAUUGGGUUUUUCUUCUCUCUGAGUUUCUCACUGAUCCUAAUGUGGCUCGUGGCAUAUAGUUAAGGCUGGGAAUCGAUAGAUUCUCGAUCCAUUGAGGAAUCAACUGUGAUAGAGGAAAGCGGAUGUGAGGAAUGAUGGCGGGGCAGGUUGGAGGGACAGUGGUGUGUUAAAUUAUUCCCCUGGCUGGGGAGGGGGGGGGGGUUGUGUCGUCCAGGUGAGGGGAUCAGAAAGGGGCAGCCAGACCUCCAGGCUGUCCACCAACAGACUUAACAUCACCACUUCAGCUGGCUGGAGGAAGCGUGCACAAGUCCGAACCCAACACCCACGUGCCCCCCACCCCAACUCACAUCCCCCUGACUCCUUCCCCAUCCUGACAAGGUUUCUGAAAGAUACCUGCAUUUCUGGGUGUUUGCUCCCUUCCUUCCUAACCGCUGCCAGGGCAACUGUUCUGAACCCCAGACCCAAUGGCGAAUCCCAUCUGUGAGCACUGCCCUGUUUCUGAAGACAGAGCACCACCAUCCAAUCAGUGUCUGACCCCCAACUUGAAGCAGACUGUAAGAAAUAGAUAUAUUUUUCUGUCGCACUAUUUCGUGACAUAACGUACGUUUGGAUAGUUUUGAACUUCUCAGCUAUUUUUUCAGAGGAAAGAUGGAAUUAAACCGAGUCUAACGAA